GCGCCCGCCGUUUACGACGAGCCGCAAAGCAGUGACCGCAGCAAGCGCUGGGUGGGCCGGGCUGCUAUGGGGAAAAUCGCGCUGCAGCUCAAAGCCACGCUGGAAAAUGUCACCAACCUCCGGCCAGUGGGCGAAGACUUCCGGUGGUACCUGAAGAUGAAAUGUGGCAACUGUGGUGAGAUUUCAGAGAAGUGGCAGUACAUUCGGCUGAUGGACAGUGUGGCACUGAAGGGAGGCCGUGGCAGUGCCUCUAUGGUCCAGAAGUGCAAGCUGUGUUCGAGGGAAAACUCCAUUGAGAUUUUGAGCAGCACCAUCAAGUCUUACAACGCUGAAGACAACGAGAAGUUCAAGACAAUAGUCGAGUUUGAGUGUCGAGGACUUGAACCAGUGGAUUUCCAGCCCCAGGCCGGGUUUGCUGCCGAGGGUGUGGAAUCGGGGACAGUCUUCAGUGACAUUAACCUACAGGAGAAGGACUGGACUGACUAUGAUGAAAAGGCUCAGGAGUCUGUGGGAAUCUACGAGGUCGCCCACCAGUUCGUGAAGUGCUGAUCCCUCUUCCUGUACACUUGCCUCUAAGAACUGAAAAGGCACAACGUGCCCCAAGCAGAGGCUGGUCCCUCCGUCCCUCAUCUCCUGGCAGUUGUUCAGGCCCUCCCAGCCUGCACGCUCGGCUCUGCCGCAGCUCCCCGAGCCCCGCCAAUAAAGUCCCCAUUUGUGCUACACUA